AUGCCUAGUAGUGCUCCAGAUUUGACCGUCAUGGCGUACGGUGCACUUGCUAGCCUCAAGGCCGCCGCUGCUGCCAAGGACAAGACAAAACCCAAGCUGUUCAGUCAUCCCAAGGUUGACAUCAUUGAUAUCCGCCGUGUCGAGGUCGAGACAAACCUCAAGGCCGACAUUGUCUCCCAGUUCUGUCCAAAGGAAGGGCCCAGAAAGCUUCCCACACUGCUCUUGGUUGCAGUUAUUACGUAUUUGGAGGAGUACUACCUGACCAACGAUGAGAUUCAAGUGCUCGAGUCGUCGGCCAAAGAGAUUGCCGGCAGCAUUCCUUCAGGGUCUAUGGUUAUCGAACUCGGCAGUGGAAACCUUCGAAAAGUGAAUCUGCUUCUGCAAGCUUUCGAGGACGCCGGCAAGAGCAUUGACUACUACGCUUUGGAUCUCUCCAAGCAAGAGCUCGAGCGUACCCUUGCCCAGCUUCCCGCAUAUCAGCAUGUCCGAGCUCAUGGUCUGUUUGGGACGUACGACGAUGGGCGGGAGUGGCUCAAGGACCCAUCCAAUAUUUCAAGAAGGAAGUGCAUAAUGAGUCUUGGGUCAAGCAUUGGAAAUUUCGAGCGAAGUGCGGCCGCCUCGUUUCUCAAGUCGUUCUCCGAUGUCCUCAGCCAUGGUGACACCAUGCUGAUUGGGCUGGAUGCUUGCAACGACCCGGCCAAAGUCUAUUUUGUGGGAUCACACACAGACAAGGAGGGCAUCACCCAUGAGUUCAUUCUGAAUGGUCUUCGCCAUGCCAACAGGGUCCUUGGACAGGCUGCCUUCCACGAAAGGGACUGGAGGGUGAUUGGUGAAUAUGUCCAUGACGCCGAGGGAGGGCGCCAUCAAGCCUUCUACUCACCGGUACGUGACACGACCGUUUUUGGCCAAGUCAUCCGGCCCCACGAGCGAGUCCAGGUCGAGGAGAGCCUGAAGUGGUCUCCGGAGGAGACACGGAAGAUGUGGGACCUGGCCGGUAUGACCGAGAUGGGGAAGUGGAUGCACGGCACAGAAUAUGGCCUUCAUCUACUCACCAAGUCAAAGUUGUCAUUCAGCCUGAUUCCUUCCGUCUACGCCCGCAGCGCCCUUCCCACCAUAUCAGACUGGGAGGCGGUUUGGGCGGCAUGGGAUGUUGUCACACGUGAGAUGCUGCCGCACGAGGAGCUGCUCGAGAAGCCCAUCAAGCUCCGCAACGCCUGCAUCUUCUACCUCGGCCACAUCCCCACCUUCCUCGACAUCCAGCUGAGCAAGACGACCAAGGAGCCGCUGACGGAACCGGAAACGUACUCGCUGAUUUUUGAGAGAGGGAUCGACCCUGAUGUCGACAACCCCGAGUUGUGCCAUGCCCACUCGGAAAUACCUGACGAAUGGCCCUCGGUGGAGGACGUCCUGGCCUAUCAAAACCGGGUGCGAGCUCGCGUACAGAGCAUGUAUGCAAGCGGUGCCGAAAGCAUCCCGCGGCAUGUGGGUCGGGCGGUUUGGGUGGGCUUCGAGCAUGAGCUCAUGCACCUGGAGACGCUGCUGUACAUGAUGCUGCAGAGCGACAGGACGCUGCCGCCGUCGCACGUGCCGGCGCCGGACUGGGAGAAGCUGGCGGCCAGGGCGAGGGGGGAGGGGGUGGUGAAUGAAUGGUUUGAUAUUCCGGAGCAGGAGAUCACCAUCGGGUUGGAUGAUCCAGAGGACGGGACGGACAUUGAUAAUGUGUAUGGCUGGGACAACGAAAAGCCUGUCCGCCGGGUAAAAGUCCACUCCUUCCAAGCCCAAGGCCGCCCCAUCACCAACGAAGAAUACGCCCAAUACCUCUACAACACCUCGAGCAACAAACUCCCCGCCUCAUGGGUGGAAAUCCCCCCAUCCAACCACACCAACGGAACCACCUCCCCCCUCCCAGAAUCCUUCCUCCACAACAAAGCAGUCCGCACCGUCUACGGCCCCGUCCCCCUCUCCCUCGCCCUCGACUGGCCAGUCUUUGCGUCAUACGACGAACUCUCCUCCUGCGCCACCUACAUGGGCGGACGCAUCCCCACCUUUUUCGAAACCCGCAGCAUCUAUCAAUACGCAGAAGAGCUCAAGAAGAAGAAGGACGUGGAAAACCAACUCGGAAAGACAGUCCCCGCCGUGAAUGGUCACCUCUGCAACAACGGGGUGGAGAUUUCUCCCCCUGCUACCCCCACUACGACGACUGCUCCUUCUGAUGCUGGUGGGGAGGUUGAUUUGUUUAUUGACCUUUCAGACGCAAAUGUCGGCUUGCACAACUGGCAUCCUGUACCCGUGACGGGGAAGGGGAAUAAACUGGCUGGGCAGGCGGAGAUGGGCGGUGUGUGGGAGUGGACUAGUUCUGUGCUGGAGGAGUGGGAGGGGUUUGAGGCGAUGGGGUUGUAUCCAGGGUAUACGGCUGAUUUUUUUGACGGGAAGCAUAAUGUUGUUCUUGGGGGGAGCUGGGCAACGCACCCGAGGAUUGCGGGGAGGAGGAGUUUUGUCAAUUGGUACCAGAGAAACUACCCUUAUGCUUGGGUAGGGGCGAGGUUGGUGAGGGAUAUCUAAGUCUGGAUGCUCUCUCAGUUUCAGACUUGUGAUAUCUCUUCUGUCUCACCCUUUCCAGCAUUCUAUGGUCGGGGGAUUCUUUUCUCAUCUAUUUAUCGACGUCACUCUUUCUUCUUACGGUUGUCGGAAAACCCAAAAGAGAAACGAGAAUUUGGAAAAGCGCGGUCGUUUUUCACACACAUACAAAAGCCAGAAAACACGAGGCACUUUUUUCAUGUUGUGAUGCCGCCUCCGGGGGCUGUUUAAUAGUAUUUUUAUUUUAUUACUAUAGCUCUCUCUUUUAAGGAAUGGUAUUGGGUUUCUGGUAUGGGGUUUUGGAUCAUCAGAUCGUUUCAGGUACUUAGGUAGUCGAGUUGUCUUGCUGUAGGACAUUAUGAUUGAGUUCUCUCUCUGUUCUAACUGCGUCUCCUAAUAAUGGCGAAGCAGUGGGAUGGGACCGACCCUCAAAGUGCGAGAGAAGAGCCGUCUUCCUUCACAAUAUCGUUUAAACAUCAUAUAUUUGGAUUUGACGCUCUGCCUCAAAUGUCAUCCACCCUUACCCAUCAACCUUGCUUCUACCGAAUAGAAAAAAAAGAAGAAAAAAUUGUUUGAUA